GCUGCUUGGUCUGUUGUUGAUGCUGAGGAAGCUGCUCCUCCACUUCUGCAUCUGAGAGGAGGAGGAGGAGGAGGAGGAGGAGGAAGAGGAGAGACGAGGCUCCAACUUCCUGUGUGAUCUGCUGUUCAGCUGAGUUCAGCCUGGCUGCCUCUCCGGGAGGCUUGUGGCUCUGCAGAAGAACCGGGGAGGAGGAAGAGGCUUUCUGUGGUGAAUGUAUGGCUCCCUGAGGACGCCUGGAAGCUCCACCAGCAGCAGCAGCAGCACCACCACUACCAGCACCAAGCUGAGGCCAUACAUGUGUCUUGUUUUGGGUCAGUGCCUCGGAGCGGCCGCCUCGGCUCAGCAGCAGCAGCGACGCCGCAGAUAGUGUGAGUAGGAGCGGGUCUGUUGGCUGCUGGCUGCUCAGCCUCGGCCUUCAUCACCAUCACCCGGCCUGAGAGGAGCUAUACGAGGAGCUGCUGCUAGCCGGAAGUCCUGAGAAAAGGAGGAGGUGUGCAGCAGCAUCUUAGCCGUGCAUGGUGCUGCGGUGUCGGGAGGAGAGUGGAUGAGCAGCCGGAGCUGACCCAGACACCCAGAGAUGGCUGUCCUCAAACUGGCCGACCAGCCUCCUCUCAUCCAGGCGAUCUUCAGCGGAGACCCUGAAGAGAUUCGUAUGCUCAUAUACAAGUCUGAAGACAUCAAUGCUCUGGAUUCAGAGAAGCGCACCCCGCUGCAUGCAGCGGCCUUCCUGGGCGAUGCUGAGAUCACAGAGCUCCUCAUCCUCUCUGGGGCUCGGGUCAACGCCAAAGAUAAUAUGUGGCUCACCCCCCUCCAUCGCGCUGUGGCUUCUCGGAGCGAGGAGGCUGUGCGAGUUUUGAUCCGCCACUCGGCCGACGUGAACGCCCGGGACAAGAACUGGCAGACGCCGCUGCAUGUUGCUGCAGCCAAUAACGCGCUGCGAUGCGCAGAGGUCAUCAUCCCACUGCUGAGUAGCGUCAACGUGUCGGACCGCGGCGGACGCACCGCCCUGCAUCAUGCCGCCCUCAACGGCCACACCGAGAUGGUAAACCUCCUCCUCGCUAAAGGAGCCAACAUCAACGCCUUCGAUAAGAAAGAUGGCCGAGCGCUGCACUGGGCAGCUUUCAUGGGUCAUUUGGAUGUGGCGUGUCUGCUGGUGAGUCAGGGGGCGGAGAUCAGCUGUAAGGACAAACGGGGAUACACUCCCCUCCACACGGCGGCCUCCAGUGGGCAGAUCGCCGUGGUCAAACACCUGCUGAACCUGGCUGUGGAGAUAGAUGAGUCCAAUGCAUUUGGGAACACGGCACUCCACGUGGCCUGCUUCAACGGACAGGACGCCGUCGUCAGCGAGCUGAUCGAUUACGGCGCCAACGUCAGCCAGGCCAACAACAAGGGCUUCACCCCGCUGCACUUUGCCGCCGCCUCCACACAUGGAGCGCUCUGUCUGGAGUUCCUGGUCAACAACGGGGCUGAUGUCAACGUACAGAGUCGUGACGGAAAGAGUCCUCUUCACAUGACGGCAGUUCAUGGACGCUUCACUCGCUCACAGACCCUCAUCCAGAAUGGUGGGGAGAUCGACUGUGUGGACAAGGACGGGAACACUCCUCUCCACAUCGCUGCCCGCUUCGGUCAUGAACUCCUCAUCAACACGCUCAUCACCAGCGGAGCAGACUGCACAAGGCGAGGAGUCCACGACAUGUUCCCUCUCCAUCUGGCUGCCUUGAACGCUCACUCUGACUGCUGCAGGAAGCUGCUGUCCUCAGGCUUCCAGAUUGAUACUCCUGACAGCCUGGGGAGGACCUGCCUGCACGCUGCUGCUGCCGGAGGUAAUGUGGAGUGUGUGAAGCUGCUCCUGAGCAGCGGUGGAGACCACAACAGGAGGGACAAGUGUGGCAGAACCCCCCUCCACUACGCGGCCGCCAGCCGUCACUACCAGUGUCUGGAGACUCUGGUUGCUUGUGGCACCGCCAUCAACGCCACCGACCAGUGGGGUCGCUCUGCCCUGCACUACGCCGCCGCCUCGGACCUGGACAGGAGGCGUCGUGUUGCUCUGGAGCCAGAGAGUGAAGGAGUUCAGGCGGAGAGGGAGAAAGAGGCAGCGCUAUGUUUAGAGUUCCUGCUGCAGAGCGGAGCAACGGCGUCUCUGAAAGACAAACAGGGCUACAGUCCUGUCCACUACGCUGCAGCCUAUGGACACCGGCACUGUCUGGAGCUGCUGCUGGACAGAGACGACUGUCACCAAGACGACCCUGAAUCUCCGAACGCCAGGAGCCCGCUGCACCUCGCUGCGUACCACGGCCACGCUCAGGCCCUGGAGGUGCUGCUGCAGGGGGAGAGGGAGGUGGACCAGGGGGACGAGGCGGGGAGGACCCCCCUGGCCCUGGCCGCCCUCCGGGGCCACGCCGAGUGCGUUCACACCCUCCUCGGCCAGGGGGCGUCGCCGCGCACCACCGACUCCCAGUACGGACGCAGCCCUGUCCACUUGGCAGUGAUGAACGGUCAUACGACGUGCGUGCGCCUCCUGCUGGAUGAAUCGGAGAGUACAGACCUCGUAGAUGCUGCUGACUCUCAGGGACAGACUCCUCUGAUGCUGGCGGUGGCGGGAGGUCACGUGGACGCCGUGUCGCUGCUGCUGGAGCGGGAAGCCAACGUGAAUGUGGCGAGUAAACACGGCCUCACUGCUCUGCACCUCGGGCUGCUGUGUGGUCAGGAGGAGUGCAUCCAGUGUCUGUUGGAGCAGGAAGCCUCGGUUUUGCUCGGAGACUCUCGAGGUCGUACCGCCAUCCACCUGGCCGCAGCCCGAGGUCACGCCUCGUGGCUGAGCGAGCUGCUGAGCAUCGCCUGCUCCGAACCGCCGUCCCUCCCCCCGCUGAGGGACCACAACGGGUACACGCCGCUGCACUGGGCCUGCUACUACGGUCAUGAGGGGUGUGUGGAGGUUCUGCUGGAGCAGAAAGGUUGUCGCUGUAUUGACGGGAACCCGUUCACUCCUCUGCACUGUGCUGUGGUGAACGAUCACGAGCCGUGUGCAUCGCUGCUGCUGGAGGCCAUGGGCUCGGACAUCGCUGGCUGCAAAGACGCUAAGGACAGGACUCCUCUUCAUGCUGCAUCGUUCUCGGGUCACGUCGACUGCGUCCAGCUGCUCCUGUCCCACGAUGCACCUGUCGAUACUGUGGACCAAUCGGGUCGCAAUGCACUUAUGAUGGCGGCUGAGAAGGGCAGAGUCGGAGCCCUCGAGGUGCUGUUGACCAGCGCCGGUGCCAACCUCAGUCUGACGGACAAAGAUAGCAACACCGCCCUGCAUCUAGCUUGCAGUAAUGGAAAGGAAGACUGUGUGAUGAUGAUCCUGGAGAAGCUGUCGGACACAUCACUCAUUAAUGCCACAAAUGCAGCGCUGCAAACUCCUCUCCACCUGGCGGCUCGUAGCGGUCUGAAGAAGGCGGUCCAGGAGCUGCUGUCCAGAGGAGCCAACGUUCAGACGAUGGAUGAGAACGGUCUGACGCCUGCUCUGGCUUGCGCUCCUAGCAGAGAGGUGGCUGACUGUCUGGCUCUCAUUCUGGCUACCAUGAUGCCUUUCUGCUCCCCUUGCAGCUCCGGGGCUCCCUCCCCAGGCUCCCUGCUGAGGCAGCUGCCCCACCAGGGGGUUAAAGGCCCGGGCAGCAGCGGCCCCCGGGGGCCACGCAGCCCCAGGAACCCCUCCAGCGAGGGAACCACCGAGAACGACUCGGAGGACUCGGAAACCUUCUGACCCCUUCCGAACCGACUCUCUACCCUCCUACCUCGAAAAACUGUGUGCACCUGAACUUUUCACCCCCUUCCUCCUCCAGGAUGUUUCAGUCUGUGAAGUGCACUCUUGAGGGAGGAGGGUAGAGACUUGGUUGUGACACAGCUUGGAUGUUUUUGCCGUGUCUGUAUCUUGUACAGAAUCGCCAGACUUCGAGGCCCCCACAGCGCUUUUUUCUUAAAUGAGCGGAGCAGCCGGACUGACUACUGCAGCCGCUGCUCCACCAAGAAGAAGAAGAAGAAUCUGAUCCGGACCGGUUCAGGUUCUGAUCUGCAUGCUCGUGUUAACUCACACCACGAUUUGUUCUUUCUACUCACGGGUGCUUAAAUCCAAACGGACCUCGGUACUUUAGUCUCUGCAUGGCACAGCAACUCGCCUCCGGAGACUUAUUUUGUCUUAAAAAAAAAGAAAAAAAAAAAGAAGCCAUUUUUAACUGUUUGUAUAAAAUGAAGUAGACCAUUAAGACGUGUCAUUUUAACCUUUUUAUGAUUUUCGGCUUGUUGUUGUACCAAAUAUUUGACUUCCACACGUAAAUAAUAAUAAUUAACGUACUGAUGAACAGGUACAUAGAGCUUGUUUUUUUGUUUUUUAACAACUGAAGCACAAAUUUGCUUUUAGGUUUUGAUGCUGGAAUGUGAAUAAGAUGUUUAGUAGUUUAAAUAUUCAUCACAAAAACAUAGAAUACGACACCACUGGGUACGUCUCGAUUCCCUUAAUUGAAUCCACGUUUCCCAAAUUUGCGCGAGGAGAGAUUCAGGAACUACUGGCAGCAACACAUUUUUCUAAAAACAAAUUACUUAUUUGUAUCUGUAUUUAUUGAUUUAUUGUGUUUGUGUGUAAAUUCAUAAUUAAAUAAUUUGGGUUAUAAUUAGAAUUUCUCAUAAUUUGUAGAAAUGAUGAAAUAGAUAUAAGAUAUAAAUAGAUGAAAUAAAGUAGCUUAAGUGUAAAAUUUUUAUGUGUAUAUAUAUAUAUAUAUAUAUAUAUAUACUUUGUUUGACAUACAAGAAUUUUCAGAAUGAAAAUAAAUUACACUGAUAGUUGAUUCAAAUUUGUUUCUAUAUCAUAAAAUCAGGUAAAACUUUCAAUAACUGUAAGUUACUAAUUAAUAGACCAAUUAAUGUUCACAGCCUGAAAACGAGAUGAGCAGCAUAGUAGACUACGGCUUUGUCUGAAAUCACAUACUAUGCUCUACAAACUUUUGUGUGAAUAAACAGAAGUUUGUAUCUUUUCGGACGCGCUGAGCAGUAAUUUACGUCGUCGCUUCCUGAGAGCCUCCUGGAGACGUGUAACCAUGGUAACCCGUGCCAACCUCAUGUGACCAAAACGACGGUUUGUGAGAAUCAAAGUCUGAAUUAAUAAAAAAAAAACGUAUUGGGCCUACCAAAGUGAUAUCUUACAAUUAAAUGUCUGUCAACGUCUGUCAUGAAUGUUAUCGUCACUACCGCAUUGCAUUGUGGGAUAUUUAUGCCGCCGCAGUGUCCAGUGUUUGCAUACUGUAAUAUUUCACCGGAAAUAGUAUGCAAUUCGCGUACUAUUGGUUUCAUACUAAGGUUUCGGACAUACUAAGAAAUCUCACACUGUUUUAGCAUACUAAAAAGCAUAUGAAAUGUCGCCUCCUGUAUACUUGACAAGAUAUUUAUCCCAAAUACUGACGGUACUGAAAGGAGAUUUUUCAUCUAGAAUAUAACCAGCUAUCGCAAACCCAACACCCUUCAUCUGAGUUAUAUUAAACCUACGUUAGUUCUGUUAAUUGUCCCGGUUAUUUGAACGACCUUCAUGAUUUAUGGGCGACUCGAGGACGGAGGAGCGAGGAGCGAUCAAAUAAGGGAAUUGAGAUGUACCCACUGAUUGAACACAGGGUUUGUGCAGAUGUGAAUUAAGGCUGAGAUGUAUGCAUUUGAUCCUGCGGCCUAGAACGGCCUCCUGCACUGUUUUGACUCCAUGUCCCCCCCCGUCCCCCUCAACCCCUCCAACACACACACCUGUACACCAGGAAAGCCAACGGUGACCAAUUCCCACCUGGGCGGCUCUAAAUGUCCAAUCAUGCAAGCCCAGAUUCUCCACAAAGACCAAAUCCCUGAAGCUCUUCUUAGGUCUCCCUCAGUUUGUUGUGGUAUUUAUUAUCUAUUACAUGAUGGUACAAAUACUGCCAGCACUUAAAAUGUAAAGUAACACAGGGCCUUGACCACUCCCCCCCCCCACCCCCUCCCCACCUCGUCCUCCCUUCUGUUCGUCUACCUACCAGCUAUGUGCCAUUGUCUCUAACGUGUCCAGUGCCUUGAUGUCGAUUCAUUUUCUUUUAUCCUGUGUUGGUAGAUUAUAAUGUUCUUAUAAUUAAAGGAUCAGCUCAC